AUGCUUGAUGAUCCGGCAAGCCCCACUAUCUACCGAGUCUCUGGUCAACCUCCGUACCCGGGUCCGAGUAGCCCCGGCUUUCCGGCCGAUAUCAUCCCUCGGCAGGUUACACUUCGUGAUCGCCAGACAGUGGCCACUAUUGUCCCGUUUGCCUCGAAACACCAGGUCCCAGAGUCACUGAUUGCGUAUCUAUGUGACCAGAUCAAUAAGGAAAUUGAAGGCGGCGAUACGUAUCCUAUGAUGGAGCCUUUCGCCGCCGACAAGUUCGGUUCCUAUUGGUUUCAAAAUUUUGGCGCCAUCAUGCUUCUUGGUAAUGUUGAGCGUGCUGAGGAUAUAGUUGAAGGCAAAGAUUGGUCCCGCGAAUGCCUGGGAAGUUUCUAUAUCAAGCCCAACUACCCCGGCCGUAGCAGCCAUGUAUGCAACGCUGGCUUUUUGGUCACUGAUGCCGCCCGUAACCGCGGUGUUGGUCGUCUGAUGGGUGAGGCUUAUCUAGACUGGGCUCCUCGUCUGGGAUAUACUUACAGUGUAUUUAACCUGGUGUACGAGACAAACGUGGCAUCGUGCCGCAUCUGGGACGCUUUGGGAUUCAAGCGCAUCGGCCGCGUCAAGGGUUGUGGAAAUCUUCGCAGCUACCCCGGCCAACUGAUUGAUGCCAUCAUUUAUGGCCGGGAUCUGUCACCGCGCGAAAGCGAGGAACUCGUGAGUGAAGAGCGUUUUGACAAAAUCAAGUUCUACCUCAAGUACGGCGAGUACCCGAACGGCGCUGACCGCGCCGAGAAAAGCAGGCUCCGGAGCGCAGCGACACACUAUAAGCUUCUCGACGGCGACAAGCUCAUGCUCAAGGACAAAGAGGUGAUAUCUGACCCAACUCGCCAAUUCGACAUUGCUCGCCAAGUGCAUGCCCAGCAGCACGGUGGUAUCAAUAAGACAACCGCUACUAUUGCAGAGAAGUACCAUUGGAGCCGUAUCAAGGAGACAGUCAGCGAUGUCAUUCGCAGUUGUAUGGAGUGCAAGGAACUCGGCAAGACACCUAACCCUGGCGGUGCGCGGAAAGCAGCAUCUUCAGGCAACAACGGUGGGAAGAAAUCAGGGGUAGCAAGGGGAGAUUCGAAUGAACAUCAAGUAGAAACGACGAGCCCGUCUACGACACAAAUGCUAUCACUGCAAGAUCACAGCAUAAUAUCGACACUAUCGCAACAACGCCCAGAUCACGACCACCUGCCUAAUCCUUAUGCUAACCCAGCUGAUAUUUCUCUAAUUCCACAUUCUCACACCCUUCAAAACAGCACCUUACAGCAUCCACUUCACUCGCAAAAUCCUAUGCUUCAAGAUCCCCCAUCCGGCCACCACCCACAUGAUCACUCUGUUUAUCAACCCAUCGACCCGCAAAUCAUCAACCAAUCUUCACCACACGACCUCGGUCCCUUCGAUCAAUACCACUCGCCUGCUGAUUUCCAAGCAUUACUCAACGCGACUGAGGACGUAGGACAAGAUGUCGUGGACCAGGAUUUGGAGAUGUUGAUAGAUCACCAAGAUGAUGACAAUGUUAUGGAUGGAACUGUUAAUAUGAGCGGCAUCGGUGUUGGAGAGACGGAGAAUCAGGGGUUGGUGCACAAAGAAAGGAGCUUGUAUGAUGUUGGGUUUGGAGAGCCAGGGGGGUAA